GUUGAAAAUACAUUUUAUUGGUUGCUGAAGUAAACAACUCGCUGGGAGAACUGGGAGAAGCAGUAAAAUAAACAGAAAUAUGAAACUUUUAACACAUAAUAUGCUGACAUCGAAUAUAAUUAAAGGCGUAACGAAAGGAUUUCCAUUAGGCAUUCAGGCAUCAAAGGUUGAAGUGAAGUCAGUGGACUUCAAUCCAGAAUUUGUAGCAAGAAUGAUCCCAAAAAUAGACUGGCCAGCCCUGAGACAGGCUGCCACUGAUGUUGGAAAGUGUGAGGGUUUGCCACAAGAUGUUGUUCCACAAUACGAGGAAAAUGAAGAUUUCUUAAAGAAAACUCAUCAUGUGCUCUUAGAGGUUGAAGUGAUAGAAGGUGACCUGGUGUGUCCAGAGAGUGGAAGAAAGUUCCCUGUAAACAACGGAAUACCAAACAUGCUCCUCAAUGAAGAUGAAGUAUGACGGAAACUGUGAACAUUGUGUGACUGGUACAAAUAAUACAACUCUAUAGACAACUGUUAACAGAUCUGGAUUCUGAGAGAUCAGGAAAUAAUGUUAAACGGAAAAUUUGUAAACCGUCAAUUUUUAUGAAAGAAAUUAUGGUCAGGUUUGAAGAUAGUUAAACCAGUAUCUGUUACAGUGUUUUAGAGAGAGCAUCAUUAUCUGACUCUAGGAAACAAGUGAAUCAGUGAACAGUUAAGUAAGAAAAUGCCUAUACAUUCUCAGUGUGACUCACAUUUUCAUUUAUUAAGAUAUAAUGUUAGUAUUGACUGAAUGUUUGUGGAUAAUCUUUUGCGAUUGGUGGAGAUUGAGUACCUAAAUUUUUUAACUAGCAAAUAUGUGAAGGUCCAAUUGAAGAACACCAGACAUUUUCCUGUAUUUGUUUAAAUUUUGUGUAUAGAGAAAUUGCAGAAUAUUAAGACAGUGGUCCACUUUGUAGAUUCAGCUUUUGAUAUCAUGUAUGUUACUGUUUAGAAGUCAUUUCUCAUAUAAUGCUUUCCACAUCAGUGUGCUAUUCUGUAUUGUUAACUUAUCUUGUUUAUGUUAAUUAGAUACAAAUCUGUUCUUCAUUUAACAGCCAUCUUUCAGGACAUGUUCAUAUUAACACACUAGGUAAUUGGAUAUGUUCGUCAUCGUCACAGGAUGCUAUGCUAGGUGCAGGAUCGGUACAUUGAUUUAAAUACUUUAGAGGGGCUAGUAUGCUCUUCAUUUCGAGGGGCUAGUUUGCACUUCUAUUUCAGUCUAAAAAUGUAAUUGGUAAAGAUUUUGUUAAUGUCCACUUUUUCCUUGAAACUUACAUGUAAGAUCAUAAUAUCUCACGAACACCAUAUUUUAUAUUUUCACUUGUUGCUUUGCCUCUCUUGAAAAUAUUGUGUGUGGUGCUCACUCGUGAAAAAUAUAGCAAUCUUACAUACCCUUUCUAUAGCUUUGGAGCUUUGUACACUUUUUAUAUGAUCAUUAGAAGAGCAAGUAGAUCAAGAAUCAAAACUCCUUCUUUCAUUUUGUCAGAACUAUGGCCGUUUUUCAACUUAGAAAAUUGGUAUUUCUUUGUAUUUUUUCCCUUCAUGUCCAUAUUUUUGAAAACUAGACAAGUUAUAGGUUUAAAUCUUUAUACAUUUCUUUUUCAUCAGUAGGUGAGCGAAAAGGCCAAGAAUCAAAACUCUUGUAUUCUGCCACAUGUUAGUGCGUAGAUGAGCAUUGGCAUUGUCAGGCAGUUAUUUCAUGGCAUUAUCUGCACAAUUUUUUCAUGUUCCUGUGCUUACAUGUUUUAGUACAGAAUUCAUAUUAGAAAACAUGGUACCAUUGUAAACGAACACUUCACGCCAGUAUAGAGAUGAUUUACAAGUUUUUUUCCAUUUUCAUGUCAAUGAAAUUUCUUUUAAGGGAUUUUUCAAGUAAAUGUAUUAUUGUAUGAUUUUAAUGAAAAUACACAUAAUGUACUUGU